AUGCCACCUCCGGUCCGUCGAACACAGCUGCCGCGGCAGGCGCUGCGGUCCUCGAAUGCACGACCGAUUGAAACCGCUUGCCCUCGCCAGUUCUCGUACAAGCAUCCACGCCAAUUCCUCGUCGCCCACCCAGGCUCAUCGCGGCCACAGCUCCCCUUCCUCUACCCCUCAGGCCAGCAUCUUUCAAGCGGACAGAUUGCUCGACUGUUUUCGAUAAGCGCAAACCACAAGAAAUUCAUCAAGGAAACCGCAAAAUUAAGUGUUCGAUACUCGAUACUCAUCUUCCUGGUUUCGUCAUGCGUCAGCAUUGCUGGAAUGGGUAUUCUGAGCGAGCAGCAGGAACGCGCAUUCCCGUCGCCACAUGAGUGGAGCUUGAUCACAAGAUUUAGAUUCAGGAGGGGAAAGUGGUGGCAGGUGCCUGAGAACAACGAGGAGGAGGGCUUCCCCAACUGGGCGCGAGUGUAUGAUGAGCUUGACUAUGCGCUCAGUCGGCUGGAGGACCCAGACAAGGACGGCGCAGGCCUGACGGAGCAAGAAGAGGGAGGCAUACCGGUUCCUGGACUUGGCAAGGCAGGACUGGACAUCACGGCUAAGAGCGAAGAAUGGCGGCAGGGAUACUACGAAGUCCUCAUAGACAUGGCAGCGGCUUCGGAGCGAUUAGAGGGCUGGGUGACGGACAAAUGGAGGAGGAAUGUGUGGGCGCCUGAAUUUGUUGAAUCAGCAUCAAACCCGCGGCCGAAAGCUGUACUGCCAGGCAUGCCAGAAGUGCCAGACGAGGACAAUCGCGUGCCUGCCAGCGAUGCUCCUGAGACCUUCUACCUCAAGAUCAUCACUACCAAAGGCUUCACCACACACCAACGUGUUAUGGCGGCGCUUGGCUAUGCCGACUGGCUCAGCUUCAAAAAGCUUCCCGAUUCCGCCGAAGAAAUGUACCGCUGGGCGCUCGACAUUGCCAUCGCAGGCCUGCCGACCGCUGAUCCGUCCGCUGUUAUCGAUCGACAGACUACCGUGCUCUCGUCGACUGCUCCGAAGGAGCUCAUCACCCCCAAUAUCGUAUAUGCUGCUACGAACCUGGCCACAUUCUUGGCAGAGCAAGGCAAAGUCGCCUCUUCUCUACCCAUCCUCGUCUCGCUUCUUCGCGCGCGUCUAUCCGCCGACGAUGCGCCGCCGCCACCGAACACCAAUAUUCAGGACUCCAGUUUGGUAGGUACAAUACUGAGCUUGCUCAAAGAACCAGAUUACCCUGCAGUGCCACCUUCUGGAAACGAACCUCUUCUCCGUGACGAGAAAGACCGCUGUGAGGAGGCUGCACUCAAGAACUACAUUGGUGAGAUUCUCUUUGCUACCGCAGGCUCUUCUUCCGAGCAGCGUAAGCAGGGACUCUCCUGGGUGCGUGACGGAGUCUCUACUUCCAAGAUCGCGCAAAGCCUGGACUCCAUCAGUAGUAACGACGAACUUCGUAAGAAGUGCGAAAAGUGCGAGGAGAUUGGCCUUGAAUCAUGGGGCAAAAUCAUGACAUAUCUUGCAGCGGAAGCUCGGGACAAGCGAGAUGCCGCAACUAGUGGUGGGUUGACAGGUCUGAUCUGGAAAAUGCGUGGUACCCAGAAGCUUGAAGAGGAUGUUGAGAACUUUGAGGGUGAAGAAGAAGGCGUUGUGAUGAGGCUGAACAAGCUUAGAAGUAAGAUGCUGAGGGACGAGUACGCAGAGUUGGACCGCAAGUACGCAAGAACUUUUGUCUUCUAG